GGGUGUGGAAUCACUUCCUGAGAGGUGGAACAGAAUAUUGGAAGAAGCUUAGGUAAAAGGGUCGGAGAUUUCCUUCUAAAAACUGGGGCUUCAGCACUUAAGAUGAGAACCAAGACAGGAUGACUGGGCUGGAUCCUCUGUUCAUACUCACGUAGUGGAGUGUAGGAGGCAGCCCGGCACCCAGAGGAAGUGGGAGGUGAGAAACAGAUCUGUUCAAACCAGUGCUGCAAUGGCCUCCUUCCCGGGAAUUCCUGUUCUGUCGCCUCAUCCUGUCGCCUCAUCCCAAAAGAGGGAUGGUCCAGACGGGCUCAGCCCAGAGGGACCUGACAACCUGAAGGGCCGGAGAUGAGGCAUCCUUGGUCCAGCACUUCCUCAGCCUCGCGGCAGCAGAGAUUCCCAUGAGCGCCUAGGGCUUCGGGAUGCUGUCUAUUCUCUCACUCCUUCCGGAAGUAAGCAACGCCUGCGCACAGGUCUUAGUAUCGGUGAUUGCCACAAGCCCUGGCCCUUCCACCCUCCCUGGGUCUGUCCUGAAAGGUAAGGUAGACAUGCUACACCACAGGCCACGCCAGCGCUCUGAUGCCACAUUGUGUGCCAUGGGGCACAUAGGACGGUCUCGGCCCAGCUUCUGGGUACCACUGGGGACUGCCGCUGUAGGAGCAUAGCUCGGAACCCCUGACGGAGUCUCGGAGGAGCACUUGUGUAGCUAGGCCGGGCGCACAGACCGAGUUCCCAGAGACCAGCAGCCAGGGUCCUCCUCCCCACCAGCCAGAGACCCGCCCACAGCCCGUGGAACGCCCCGCCUGCAGCCCGCCCCCGCCAUCUGCGCUCCGCUCCGCCUGCUUGGGAGCCUUCUGCCUUUGGUGAUCUCCAGGACCUAAGGUUUAUCUUCCGGGCCGCUUUACCUGGAGGCUUCUUUGGCUUGUGAGCCUUCAACAGAUGUCUGUCGCUUUCAGCAUGAGAGUCUUCCUGCCUGUGCUGCUGGCAGCCCUUCUGGGUGUGGAGCAAGUCCAUUCCCUGAUGUGCUUCUCCUGCACCGAUCAGAAGAACAAUAUAAACUGCCUGUGGCCAGUUUCAUGCCAGGACACAGACAAUUACUGUGUCACAUUAUCUGCUGCUGCCGGCUUUGGGAAUGUGAACCUUGGCUACACUCUGAAUAAGGGCUGUGCCCCGACCUGCCCCCGUGAAAACGUCAAUAUCAACCUCGGUGUAGCAUCCGUGAAUAGUUACUGCUGCCAGAGCUCCUUCUGCAAUUUCAGCACAGCUGGCCUUGGACUGCGUGCCAGCAUCCCACUCCUGGGUCUUGGACUCCUGCUCAGCUUGUUGGCUCUGCUGCAGCUGAGUCCCUGAUCACCGCCCCCCAUGUGUCCCCUGUUUACCCCCCCCCCAGCUCAGGAAAAGCCCAGCUCCUUUUAGGUCUCGGGGACCGUAGGAGCCUUCAGCUCCUCCUGGGUGUGUCUAGUUCCCCUCCAUACUCUCUCAGCAUCAGGGCUAAGUACCAAAUUCACCCACAUCUGCUCUGUUGAAAUGGUACUAGCUACCCUUGCUUCCAGAGCCAAUCCUAUAACCUCCCUUAGGGAACCAGGAGAAGAGGUGGAGAUCUCCUUGGAGUUUCAGGAGUACCAGAGUCAGCCCUGAAUCUUGUGGACACACUGACAUGGAUGUCUAACCCAAAUGAGUGUACAUCCAUGUGCUCAGUGUAUGUGUGUGUGAAUAAAGCCACUUGGAUUCUAGGGUGGGCAAAGAAGACCUGAAAGAUCCUGGAGCAGAAGGCCUGUGUCUCCACCAAAACCCCUUCCCCUGGUAUCACUAUACCUGAGUUGCACUCUAUUCAGAAGGCUGCCGAUGGAGGGUUGCCACCCCUCCAGAUGAAGGCUCCCACCCCCCAGAUGCAGUUGAGUCCCUACCUGCCCUCUCUGCCCACACUGGCUUCCUGCUGCUAUUCUAGUGCCUCAAAUAAACUUGUUUCCACCCAUU